AUGCCGGCCUUGUGCUGCUGUUCAAGCCGCGGUGCUUACCCAAGUGGAGAUAGGUCAACACCAAUAGCUCAACUACCUGCCCGUCCUGCCCAAGCCAGGCUUCCCAGAGCCCAGCGUAAGGGACAAAACCAUGAUGGCCCAGCUGUCAUGAUUGACACUCCUGCCCCCUCGCUCGUCGCAACGCCCAGACAGCAAGCUGUUCUCGAUCCAACAGUCAUUGAGGUCGACGACUCUGACAGUGAAGACGAGCCUUCUGAUCUGAGGACACCGCCAACCACUGCUCUAGGAGCGCUAAAGACCAAACUCAUCCGUCGCUUGUCCCAAAAGUCACAAUCCAAAAGGCAGUCGCAACAGAGCAUCGGUAGCAGCGAGGAAGAACUCGCACGUCGUGCAGAGUUGAGGCGACUGAGGCAAAAGAGAAUCCAGGGUGAGCUCAGCACAGAGACCGACUUGGUCAACAGCGGUCAUGAUCAUGUUCCGUCUAGACGUACAUCUCCCUCACCUUCUGAACGACCUGAUAUCACUGGAGGUGGGCCUAGGGAUACUAUCGAGUUCUCCGUGUGCGAUAUUGACACGGCAACUUCCAACAGCUCUGAUUCUCCUGCUCGAGAGAUGAUUGCAGUGGCUCUACCGAUAGUCGUUAGUACCGGAACUUCUCUCUGUCGCCACGGUAGCUGCCCAACAAGUGCCACCAGCCCAUGUGAGCCUUCAGCUCCGCAUGCUCGACAAGCUCUGCGAGAGCACCGCUCAGUUCCAAAGAUGCUGCUCUCACCUCAGAUGGAGCCUCCCACUCUAUCUGAUACUUCCACCACAAGCUCCGUAGCCUCUUGGCGUCUGUCUUAUAGCGCUGGGCAUCUGGCGGAAUACAUUGGCGCGCUCCCAGACGCUGACCCUGAGAGCGAAGAAAUGGUCAAGCAUGCCUCUGGGCAACAACCGACGAUCCCUCGAAAUGAUGCGAACGAUGAUACAGAGCGACCCCAUGAUGAACGCUUGCCCCAUGCUCCAGAUGCUCCAUCAAGGUCCUCAACAAAUCGCCGUAUGGAUCAUGAGAACAAGUCGUUCGCAGCCGGCUCUCAUGCCGAUGAAACAAAUUUUGAGCAAUCCACUGCCAUUUUCCACGACACAACUCACUCUGAGCAUUUUUCACCACUGGAUCUCUGGUUACGCGUUUCCAAUACACUCCAGUCCAUUUCGCACUCAUCAACGCGUCGCAAUAGUGAUAGUGUGCUCGAAGGCCGCCCAGAACGCCCCUUAUUGAGCGACUUGGAUCCUAAUACAAAGAACGCCCGAGGAAGACCAUCGUCUUCCUCAUCGCAAUCCGGCAUGAAUCAGAAUCUGUUGAAGAUAUCCAGCUGCUUUCCGACAAAUGAAAAACUUAAUGCUCCAUCAACGCAACAUUGGGAGCCGGCUGAACAAUUAGUCCAGCACACUACGUUAUCAAGAGACGACAGACAGGGCCUCGCGGUGGUCAACUCACCUGCAGAUCCUGCUCCUGGGUUGGCCGAUGCUGAAUGCACGCCAUCAGCGCAGAGAAAUGACACAAAACGCAGCGCUGGGUACUUGAACGAGAUUGAGUGUGAUAAAGCUAGUGGCAAGCUUCUGAGCGACACAACAAGACUUGAUUCGAACGACUCCGGAGCAGAGUUUUGCGAGACGGAACCAGCCCAGACAUCAACGCAGCGCACGGUAGAAUCUGAGCGGGACCGACUUCACCCCACGCCUGCAGGCUUGGACCCAGUCUCUGCGAGUGUGAUUAAUGAACAAGCGGAGAUGAAGACAGAUUCUACAGACUUUUGUGAACAGCUUCAAGUUAGAGAAUCCAUUGACAGCAGACUUCGACCACUCGUUGAGAACAGUCAAGCACGGUCCAUCAAAAAGACCUCGCUAUUUGCGCGAUUGUUUCCAAGCAAAGCAAAGCCUCGAAAUACACUACGCAAACACCAGUCCGAAAGAGAUAAUUCGAGAACCGUAAAUGACGGCCCUAGGAAUCAUGCAACUCCAAACAGUUCUCAAUACGCGACGCAAGAAAGAAGGGGUCAGCAAUUUUCCAAUGAAGGCGGCAAUUUGAAAUUGGAAGAGACCGCUACAGAUCUGUGGCAGCGUGCAGUCAGACUUGAGGCAGAGCGACGUGAAGGAUGCGCUCGAAACCAACCUGAAAGUCAGUAUGAAGAACAGACGCCCCAGGUCGUAAUUCAGGACUCUCGCGGUAUGUCUACCAAUGACGUGGUACCCACUGGACCCCACACCCGAGAGGCAAGUUCUGUUUAUAGUCGAAGUCACAAUGAAGACGGAUCGGGUAUCCCAUCAACGCCGUCCAGACCCUUGACUGGCCAGGACGAAAUGCAAAUCACCAGCACCUCUCUGGAAUCAUCAAGCCGUAUUCUCAAGGAAUGGCAGCACCAGGUCCAAACUGAGCGCUCCGACGCAGAACAAACACCUAGUUUUAGAACUCAUAUUUAUGCCACACAAAGACGUCAGGGUGUACCAGAAUCUUGGGCAAAAUGGCCUUCUCAUGAUAGAGAAGAGCGAAACGGAGCUACUGGCGUUGAUGAUUUGGUAACGCCCAAGGACUUUGCUGUGGCUGAAGCCAGUGUUGCCGGUCUGACAAAGUGGUCUACAGACAAGGAGAUCAAAGUCGAUGAUUUGGACGAAGGUCAUGCGACACCGGAACGGCGAUCUUUCUCGAAUAAAUUCGGACGGACGCUACGAGAAAGCCUUGCCAAGUUACGUCCUGAACGCGAUGGCCCCAAUACUAACCGCAUCAAUCUUUCCACUCACGCAAGAAAAAGACCUUGUUCAUCUGGAAGUCUUGAGUAUCCCGAGCUUGAGCUUUUGCCACAAAAUGGGGGUUACAAGGAGUUGGAAGCUCUCGAGAAGACGAUUGACCACCUCAAGCGUCCAUCUAUGACAAGUGGAACACGAUCAAGAGGACUCAGUGGAGCCUCCUCAAGGACACCCUUAAGCCUUCGAUUUGCUCAAGAAGUACAAAGCCUACAGAACUACGACAGGAGCGGAUCGCCAGACACCGGCGAUUUCCCGAACACAGUCGCACUACAGCCUCCGAAUACGCCGGUCGAGAAGAGGGAGCUGUCUCAAGCCAGAUCAGGAGCUUCGCAGCAAUAUGGCACUCCGCUUACCCAUGGUUCGUACGAAGACUGCGUUCCAACCCACAUGCUGGAUGAGAAUGACUCGGCCAAGAGCGAUACAGAACUUGCCGUAAGACGGACAAAAUCAGUUCUUGAUCUUUCUACGGCCGAACACACCAAAAAGUACUGCACGUGGAAUGGCCGUUCGAAGUCUGUAUCUCUCAAGAGAUUACGAGCAAGCAGAUCAGAGUGA